AUGACGAACCAGUCGUUCACACGCAUAGCACAUUCGCCAAAUUCGAGACAGGCUGACGGCGUGUCAUUCUCGACGCUUUCAGCGAUGCAGCAGGCGCUGUCACACGAGCCUUUGGCUACGUCGCCCCCUAAUCAACGGCGUCUUUCAUUCCCAGGCGGCAUGCAGCAUCCCCGUUUGCUCCAGCCGUUCGAUCGUGAAGAGAUCCGCAUCUUGCUACUUGAGAAUGUGAGCCAAGGUGCGGUUGAGAUGCUGCGCGAGCAGGGCUAUGAAAUUGAUUUUCAUACGAACGCAUGGUCUGAAGACGAGCUUGUGGCCAAAAUCAGCGAGUACCACGCCAUUGGUAUCCGAUCCAAGACCCAACUAACGCGACGCGUAUUCGAGGCCGCAGAAAAACUGCUUGUGGUUGGUUGCUUCUGUAUCGGCACGAACCAGGUGGACCUGCAAACAGCGGCGCACCACGGCAUUCCUGUAUUUAAUUCGCCGUUCGCCAAUUCGCGCUCCGUCGCUGAGCUCGUUAUCGGCGAGAUGGUCGCACUCUCGCGCCAGUUUGUCGAUCGUACGCUCGAGCUUAAAAGUGGCACGUGGAACAAGGUGUCGAAAGGUUGCUUUGAGUUGCGUGGCAAGCUGCUGGGCAUUGUUGGGUACGGUCAUAUUGGCUCGCAGUUGUCCGUGCUGGCAGAGUCAAUGGGUAUGCGAGUCAUUUACUACGACGUAAUGCCGCUUAUGCCGCUUGGCAGCGCACGCCAGGCAGACACGCUUGACGAGCUGCUCUCCGAAGCAGACUUUAUCAGCCUGCACGUCCCCGGCCUUCCCGAGACGCGUGGAAUGAUUGGCUCGCGCGAAUUUGCCAUGAUGAAGCCCGGAGCAUACUUUUUGAACAACUCGCGCGGCACGGUCGUGGAUAUUCCCGCUUUUAUCGACGCACUCGAGUCGAAGCAUCUUGCGGGCGGCGCCGUCGAUGUAUUUCCCCGCGAGCCGGCCAAGAAUGGAGCCAAGACAUUCAACGACGAACUAAAUGAAUGGACUUCUGCACUGCAAAGACAAUCCAACGUCAUUCUCACGCCUCACAUCGGUGGCAGCACCGAGGAGGCACAGAGCAUGAUUGGCAUCGAGGUCGGCAAUGCGCUCUGCCGCUACCUCAACUUUGGCGGCAGUAUCGGCGCGGUCAAUUUCCCAGAAGUAAAUUUGCGCCACAUUACCGAGCAAGAAGUGCGCUCGAUCCGUAUUUGCUACGUUCAUCAUAACCAGCCCGGUGCGCUGCUUGCCGUCAAUGAGAUUAUCGGCGAGCACAAUGUCGACAAGCAAAGCACGGACUCGAUGAAAGAUAUUGCGUAUCUUCUUGCAGAUAUCUCACUGGUUUCUGACGCUGAAAUUCGUGAUAUAUACACGCGUCUUUCCAAGACGCGCGCGUGUAUCCUUACGCGUCUGCUUUCCUAA